CGCCCGUACUGAACAAAAUCGAUGGGGCUGGGAUCGACCCGUGGUGGAGGCAUUGUUCGAUGGAGAGGGUGACGUGAGGACUCUUCCAUUAGGAAUAGAUGUUUGAUGAGUGAGGCACCAUGAACGAAUUUAACGUGCACUCUGUGUAAAAAAUGCAUUUCACCUAAGUUCAGUAAAAAAAUCUUUACUGACCAUGAACAAAUCGGCACAUGAAAAGCUGCCAAAACAAACCGGCCCAUGAUGAAGAUCUUGCGAUUCUCUCCGAGCAGCAUUCGCGCCGACGCGCGCCCUCUUCAGUACUCCGCCUUUUCAGCCACCGCGACCCGCGACCACCUCCAUGCCUCCGCGCCUCCUGUUCCGCCGCCUCCUCUCCACCGCCGUCGCAGCGCCCGCUCCGGAGGCCGCCGCCGCCUCCGCCGCCGCGCCGAGGCCCACCGACCCGGCGCUGCUCGUCCGCCUCUGCACGAUCAUCUACCAGCAGCAGAACGCCCCGGACGCCGCCCUGCAGCGCCGCCUCUCCGCGCUCCCCCUCCCCUCCGCCCCCGCCGACCUCCGCGAGCUCUUCCUCCAGGCGUCCGCGCGGUUCCCGCUCUCCUGGCGCCCCGUGCAGCGCCUCCUCGCGCACCUCACCGCCCGCCACGGCUUCGCGCACUCCCCCGCCACCGCCGCGCGCUUCCUCGACGUCCUCGCCAAGUCCAGCAACGUCGACCUGCUCCACUCCACGCUGCUCGCCCUCCCGCCCGGCCUCCUCUCCGACGCGGCCCUCCGCGCCGCCGUUCGCGGCCUCGCCCCCGCCCGCGAGGUCGGCAAGGUCUCCGCCCUCCUCACCCUCUUCCCCGAGGCGCAGCGCCCCCGCGCGCUCGCCUUCAUCGUCGACGUCGUCUGCUCCGUCUGCAAGCUGCCCGACGUGGCAGAGAAGGUCGUCAAGCAAGCCGAGCACCGGUACGGCCUCGCGCGCUGCGGCAGGUGCUGCGAGCUGCUGGUCGUCGCGUACUGCCGCGCGGGGAUGUUUUCCGACGCGUGCAGUGUGUGGAACGGGAUGGAGAAGCGCGGGAUUGAGCCCGGCGCGGCGGCAUAUCAAGAGAUCGUGGUGACGCUGUUCAAGAACAACCGUAUCCCUGACGCCAUGAAGGUGUUCGACGGAAUGCGGAGGAGGGGAUUGUCUGCCGGCGGUGGUGGCGCGUGCUACCACGCUGUGGUUUCGUGGCUGUGCAAGGAAGGAAGGACCUGUUCAGCGUUCAUGGUGCUGGCCGAAAUGGUUAAGAGAGGGGUGGAGGUGGACGGAGAGGUGCUUGGGGAUUUGGUGUAUGGGCUCUUGGCGAGGCGGAGGGUGAGGGAAGGGUACAGUGUUUUCUAUGGUGUCAAGGAGAAGGAUAUUGCACUGUACCAUGGGUUGAUGAAGGGUUUGGUGAGGAUCAAGCGAGCUGGGGAGGCGACUGAGGUGUUUAGGGAGAUGGUUGCCAGUGGGUGUGAGCCAAACAUGCACACAUACAUCAUGAUGCUUCAGGGGCACUUGGGGAAGAGGGGCAGGAAGGGCAGGGAUCCAUUGGUGAAUUUUGAGAGCAUCUUCGUCGGCGGAUUGGUGAAGGCGGGGAGGACACUGGAGGCCACUAAGUUUGUGGAGAGGACAAUGUGGGGUGGAGUGGAUGUGCCGAGGUUUGACUAUAAUAAGUUCUUGCACUACUUCUCGAAUGAGGAGGGAGUAGCGAUGUUUGAGGAGGUUGGAAGGAGGUUGAGGGAAACAGGUCAUGUUGAUCUUGGGGACAUCUUUCUAACCUAUGGCGAGAGGAUGGCCACAAGGGACAGGAGGAGGAGAGCGAUGAAUGGGCGUUUGACAACAGUUGAAGAUUAUAGCUGCUUACCAUCAUCUCAGGAGUCAGAAGCUAGGAGCGUGUGAUGUGUAUUACGUAUCAUAGAAGUGUCAAAUACAGUACAGUUUUGAGGAACAAACAAAUAUUUUGUGCUUGCA